UUGAACAGACUCCAUCAGAAACAAAAAUUUUGUCAUCAAGGCACUCGAGCGCGCGUUGGAGUAUCAUUUUAUAUUUAAUAAAAAAAUAAUAUUGAAAUUUAUAUUAAUAGUACAUUUACGGUAACCUUUUUAUAGUGUAUAGUAUUUAGUGAUUUGCCAGUUGCUUUUUAAUUUACGAGGUUACAUUAAUAAUUGCCGUUACCUGUUUAUUCAUGAAAUCGUUUAAGCAACAAUGACAACGACCGACUUAGAAGAUCCGGAUUUCCUGUUGGCUCGUCAACUUCAAGACCAGUUUGACCGCGAGCUGGUGGAAGUGAGCUCCUGCGAAGAAGAUGAAUCGGGAUGCCAGCUGGUUCUGGCUUCUAAACCUCCACAGGAACUGGUUGAACUAUCCGACAACGACGACGAUGUUUUUCUCGUUGUGGAUAUUGAUGCGCUAUCUGCCACAGCAAAAUCAGCCGUAGUGAAAGAGGAGGUUGAUGAAAGCGCCUGCGAAGUGAAAUGGUUUCGAGCUGAACGAAGCGACCUGAACGCGGACGAGUAUUUUAUAGAGGAACUGCAAACCUACGUUGACCCGAACAAUAAUUUUGAGUGGAAGUUUGUACAGCCGGUACCAGACAUUACAUCAAUCUUUCAAAGAUUGGACGAAGUUUUAUUCUCGUCACGAUUCAAGACCAAACGUUUCGCUGUGAUUUGGAGUCAAGGAAUCGGGGAACAAUGUACGAAUAGAAACUUCAACGAUACUGACGGAAGAUACACAAUUGCUUUAAACGAAACACUUCUAACACUGAGACCCAGAAUUGAAAUAAUUAGUAUUUUGUUGCACGAAAUGAUUCAUGCUUUUCUAAAACUGGAGGCGGUUAAAGAAUCCAACAAUGGGCAUGGAGCCAAUUUUCGCAAAAUGAUGAUUUUUCUCAAUCGGAUGCUUCAAACAAAUAUUUCUUUCAGUCAUCGGUUGAUAAAUGCUAAUACUCUGUGUCGCACGCAAUGGUACCGUUGCACUGGAAUCUGCACCAAUUACAAACCAUUUCAUGGAAUAGUACGUUCUACCGAAGGAGAUCCUGGUCUUCAAAACGAAUGGUGGAAAACACAUGCCGAGGAUUGCGGUGGUACGUUCUACAAAGUUUAUGAGAUGAGUAAGAUUAUAGAGGGCGAAGUAUCCACUCGAUUUGCUGUGAACGUGAAGUACAUGAAACCAAAGCGGGAAAAUAUACGAGGCCGGUACAAAACAAUGCUACCUCCGAAGGAAUCCAUUGAUCUGACCAGCGAUAAACCACGUGUUAUGUCCACAAUGGCGGAAACUAUUUUAUUAGAUGAUGAAGGACCCAGCACCGAGGAUACUAAAGCAGCUGAUAAAUUCAUUCAAAAUUUUAAUAGGUCGGUCGCUCUCAGCAACGACAGCUACGACAUGCAAUGUCCAAUUUGCCAAGAUCGUAUUAAGAGAAAGUUGUUUGCCAAUCACAUUGAUGGAUGCAAGGGUAUAAUCCAGAGAGUCAAUUGGAGAAAACCUGCUGGAUUAGUGGUUCAAAACGGUUUGCAAGAGCAUCGUGUUAAUUUACAUCAACCGGAAUCCAGCUUAAGUUUUAGAAAUAGGCGCGUUGGUAGUUCGGCCACCAUUAGUGAUUAUCAACGUAUUAAAAGACAGCGAUUUAUGUAAAGCUUCAGUUAUGUUAUUCGUACUCGUGUUUUUCUGUGUAAUUUCAUUUGUAGAAAUAAACAUUUUCGAUCUAAU